AUGGAGUUCAACUUGCUCACUGACCCAGAAGCUCAGAGCCCCCCUCUUUCCCUCUCAGAAUCUGGGACACCUCAACAUGCACACAGGCACAAGGGGCAAGCAAGUGGUAAGACUGAAAAGUCACAGCAGAAUCAGCCUGACGAUACCACGCCUGAGGAUGGCUCCCUGAGAAAGAAGCAACGUAGGCAGAGAACUCAUUUUACCAGCCAGCAACUCCAGGAGCUGGAAGCCACUUUUCAAAGGAAUCGGUAUCCAGACAUGAGUACCCGAGAGGAGAUUGCUGUCUGGACCAACUUGACGGAAGCCAGAGUUCGG